UACAUAACUAUUCACUCUCGGCAACCGUUGUUGUGCCAGUGGUUGCGCGUCGUACGGACCGUGCAAACUGUGGCCAUAUUUUAACCUGUUUUCAAGAUGAUUUCUUGGUUAUUCCUUUUUCUGGCAUGCGUUCCAACUUGCUUUGCUUUGGAAUGCUACGUGUGUACGAGUCAAGACAAAAAUAACGAGAAGUGUACCGAGACCAUCAAAACGUGUGAUCCUACUGAAACGCGCUGCCUUACCGAAGUUCGCUGGGGAAGUACGCCUUACUGGGCUCCAUCCGGCGAAAAGCAGUACUACAUCAGCAAGCACUGUUCCACUGAGGAACACUGUACGAAUCAGACUAUACUGUAUCGUGAGCGCUGUGAUCGCAUCUGGUACAACGACUGGGAGUGUGUGGAAUGCUGUACUGGUGACCGCUGCAACUAUUAUGUAACGCUCGGUGCAGGUCUCUCAAGGCCGUCAGCAUGGAUCUGCAUAGUUGCCGCUGCUGUUGCUCUCCUGGCCUCCUAUACCAGGGCAUCAUGAUGCAGUGUCUCCCGCCUUCCUCAUGGUUGUCAUUGUCCCUCACGGAUCG